ACUCAGAAAAAUACACUAGCUAGUGACAACUGACAGUAGCUGUUCAGAUGUGUAUGGUGUGUGAAGGCAGUCAGAUCUCUCCUCUCUGUAUCUAGAUCCCUCUGCACCACCAUGAUCAACACUUACCAGACCAGCAUGCCUCCGCCACCUAUUCCCCCACGGCUAGGCUCUGUCAUGUCGGCACCAGGACCAGGCCACAGCAAGCCUCUUAUCAGGUUUCUCAUUGGCAUGAUAGUGCUUCAAAUGGUUCUGCUACUGGGGGGAUUCACCUACCUGUACCACACGGACAACAAGUAUCACAAGGACCUUGACAGCAAGUACCUGGAUGAUAUGAUCAUCCUGAAGAGACUUGAAGAGUGUGAGAAAGACAUCCAGUCAGUGCUGGACUGUAAGAAUCUUGUGGAGAAAUACAAAAGCAUCCUGGCAAAGGUCUCACAAGAGGAAGGAAGAGCUGCUAAACUCACUGGGGAUGGGCCCUCGUAUGGAGCCAUGGCACGCAUGAUAGUAAAGCAACCCGUUUCUGGUACGCCCCCAACAAAGUAUCUGGAGUGGAACAUAGGCCACUCUGUGCGGAAGAACGUCCAGUACUACAUGUCCAGCUGGCUGAAGGUGCUGCAGCCUGGAGACUACAACAUCUACUCCCAGGUGGCUUUCUCCAAAUGGCACCCCAAAACCCCUCUGGCCAGCCGGGUGAAGCUGAGGAAGGGGGAGACGGGAGAGGAGAAAGACCUGAUGACAGCCUACUGCAGCCUGGGGGACCAGGAUCAUACAGACGUAUGUACAGCUUUCCAGGGAGGAGUGUUCCGUCUGGAGCCAGACGAUCAGCUUAGUGUGUGGGUGACGGACCCCAGCCUAGUCAACUAUGAGGAGGGGACUACCACCUUUGGAUUGUACAAGCUGUAGGCUGGUCAUCACAAUGGACAUUGCCUACAGUAUGGAGAUGAUGGACUACGUUACUUUGGAUUGGGCCUGUUUUUCGAGCGAUGAAUGGAAUCCAGGCCAUGUGAGUGGUUGGAGUGGGACAGGACUGAAUACAAAUCUCCUAAAUGGAUCUAAACAUGGACUAGACCAGUGGUUGCCAAACUUUCUAUAGUCCCAUACCGCUUCAAACAUUCAACCUCCAGCUGCGGACCCCCUCUAGCACCAGGGUCAGCGCACUCUCAAAUGUUUUUUUGCCAUCAUUCUAAGCCUGCCACACACACACUAUACGAUACAUUUAUUAAACAUAAGAAUUAGUGUGAGUUUUUGUCACAACCCAGCUCAUGGGAAGUAACAAAAAGCGCUUAUAGGACCAGAGCAUAAAUAAUAAUAAUAAUAAUAAUUUUGCUCUUUAUUUAACCAUCUUACAUAUAAAACCGUAUUUUGUUCAUUGGAAAUUGUGAAUAACUCACCACAGGUCAAUGAGAAGGGUGUGCUUGAAAGGAUGCACAUAACUAUGCAAUGUUGGGUUGUAUUGGAGAGAAUUUGUCUUAAAUAAUUUCCCACAGACAGUAUGUGCCUGUAUUUAGUUUAUGCUAGUGAGGGCCGAGAAUCCACUCUCACGUAGGUACAUGGCUGCAAAGGGCACCAGUGUCUUAACAGCGUGACUUGCCAAGGCAGAAUACUCUUAAAUUACAUUUUCACAGAACCGCUUGCUGCAAUUUCGAUGAGGCUCUCUUGUUCAGAUAUCGGUAAGUGGACUGGAGGCAGGGCAAGGGAUAACAAAUCCAGUUGUUUGUGUCAUCCAUUUUGGGAAAGUACCUACGUAAUUGUGCACUCACUCAGCUAUAAUCACAUUUGACAUCGUCCAUAAGCUUGAGUUUAUUUGCACAAAAAAAAAAAUCAUACAAUGAUGGAAAGACCUGUGUGUUGUUCUUGUUAAUGCAGACAGAGAAGACCUGUGUGUUGUCCAUGUUAAUGCAGACAGAGAAGACCUGUGUGUUGUCCUUGUUAAUGCAGACAGAGAAGAGCUCCAACUUCUUAAUCAGAGCCUCAAUUUGGUCUCGCACAUUGAAUAUAGUUGCAGAGAGUCCCUGCAAUCCUAGAUUCAGAUCAUUCAGGCGAGAAAAAACAUCACCCAGAUAGGCCAGUCGUGUGAGAAACUGGUCAUCAUGCAAGUGAAAAUUAUGGUCAGUAAAGAAAACUUUAAGGUCGUCUCUUAAUUCAAAAGAAUGUGUCAAUACUUUGCCCCUUGAUAACCAGCACAGUAUGUUGUAAAAGUGUUACUUGGUCGCUGCCCAUAUCAUUGCAUAGUGCAGAAAAUACACAAGAGUUCAGGGGCCUUGCUUUAACAAAGUUAACCAUUUUCACUGUAGUGUCCGAAACAUCUUUCAAGCUGUCAGGCAUUCCCUUGGUACCAAGAGCCUCUCGGUGGAUGCUGCAGUGUACCCAAGUGGCAUCGGGAACAACUGCUUGCACGUGCGUUACCACUCCACUACGUCUCCCUGUCAUGGCUUUUGCGCCAUCAGUACAGAUACCAACAUGAGCAGCAGCUACGUUUGGCUGCAUACGGACCGUUAGUGGAAUUUCCGCGAGAGAGUAACGGUUAAUGCGACUGGAUGUUAAUUAUUUGACUAGGCUACCUGUAUUUGACAUUGUGUUGUUAUUUGCUGAACACUAGAUGGUUUAAUUUUAUUUUUGGCAGUGAAAUGAGGCUACUCAGGCGAGAGAAAAAACUCACCCAAAUGUAUAGCCCUGUUGGAAAAUAUAAAUGUACUGUUUGAAAAUGGGAAGAUUUUUUUAUAUAAUAAUAUAAUAUCUGGACUAGAUCAAUUAAAAAAUAUUAAUUUUCUUACCAAGCCCAUGGUGAAACCCACAAAUCCCUGGAACUUAUUGCUGUUGAUUGGAUAAUUUAGUAUCCCAGCCCUACGAUGUUUGAUAUUAAUAUUAAUUACUAGGAAUAUGGCAAUGACUGUGUAUUUAUUGUGACGUAUGGUGUCUGUAUAGAUAAUAAAUUAUUUUUUAUUGAAAA